UUCAUAAUUCGUUGGAUGUUGAAUGUUGAUAUCUGAUGGUAGUUUAGGUAUAUUUGGUGUGUUUAUUGAAUAGAAAGUUUAAUUACAUAUUUUUAAAAUGAAGGUCGACGUUGCUGCACCUUCUGAUAAAGCAAAAAUACCAUUACCGACACUUUCUCAGAUAAAUGCUGAUAGAAUAACACUCCUCGCAAACCAGUACUGGGCACCACAAACAAAGGAAAACCACUUGCCUUAUGAUGCUGCUAUCGUGGAAUCAAUAUACCAAGCAGAAAUCCUUGGAUCUAAUUUCUCAGUCCGGCGUAUCAUGAUGCUUGAGUUUUCACAGUACCUGGAGAACUAUUUGUGGCCACACUAUGAAACUGGCCAGGCCUCACAUUCUCAUAUGAUGUCCAUCAUCGUAAUGAUUAAUGAGAAGUUUCGAGAAAGAGUACCGGCUUGGCAGGCUCUACUCAAGAAACCAGACCACUUUCCUGGUUUCUUUGAACAGGUGCUCCAAGCCAGUGUUGCAGAGGACCACACCAGCAACAACAUGAAGGAGCAGACCUCAUUGCUGUUGUUUCUCAAUCAUUGCUUUGGGAGUAUGGAGGUGCAGCUGUGCCGAGAUCAAGUUAAGAGACUGGUGUCACUCAGUAUGUGGAUUAGUUUACAAGAAGGUCGGAGAAACCAAGAAUUCAAAGCCGUACCAAAAUGGCGCAAGUAUUGGCGCGCAAUACAAAAGAAAGAUAAGCCUGACUUGAUAGACAAGCUGAACUGGGAACGGAGAUAUUUGCAGCGGUUGAUGAUCAAGUUCAUGCGGAUACUAGAGAGCAUUCCAGAGACUGGUGAUAUAAGUGACGAUAAAGUUAGAUACUGUGAGCGGUUCCUCGAGUUGAUGAUUGACCUAGAAGCACUUUUGCCGACAAGGCGUUUCUUCAACACCGUGAUGGAUGACUGUCAUCUCGUGGUACGCAGUCAGCUAGCUGCUCUUACUAGAAGGCCGGAGGGACAACUGUUUUCGCAACUUUUGCAAAUGUUGAAGUUCUAUGCGAGAUUUGAAAUAAGCGAUGAAACUGGGGACCCUAUGACGGACAAGGAUAUGACGCUACAGCAUUAUUCAAGAAUUACUUCACUCCAGAAAGCGGCAUUCGCGAAGUUUCCUGAUCUAAGAUUAUUCGCACUGGCCAAUGUUGCCAGCGUUGACACUAGAGAAUCGUUACAGAAACAUUUUGGGAAUUUAAGUGAUAAGGCACUACGAGCAAUCGCCACAUACUUAAACUUAGUCCCUCCUGAAGGUAAAGAGGACGAAGCACCCUGGCAUCGAAUGGACAAACAGUUCCUUAAAGAAUUAUUGAUAUCUCGUCACGAGAGGCGUAUAUCACAACUGGAAGAGCUGAACUCUAUGCCCCUGUACCCCACUGAAGAAAUAAUUUGGGAUGAAAAUGUUGUCCCCACAGAAAUAUAUAGCGGGGAGAAUUGCCUCGCCCUGCCCAAGCUUAACUUGCAGUUUUUAACCUUGCACGACUAUUUGCUGAGGAAUUUCAAUCUGUUCCGUUUGGAGAGUACAUAUGAAAUUCGUCAAGACAUUGAGGAUGCUGUGUAUCGCCUAUCGCCGUGGCGAGCCGAAGACGGCAGCGUAUACUUCGGCGGCUGGGCUCGCAUGGCGCACCCGAUACAAAGCUUCGCGGUAGUGGAAGUGGCCAAGCCAAACAUCGGCGAGAAGGCGCCCUCCAGGGUGCGCGCUGACGUCACAGUCACGCUCAGUGUGAGACGGGAGAUCAAGCAAGAGUGGGAGAACUUGAGGAAACACGACGUGUGCUUCUUGGUUACGGUGCGGCCCAGUCAGAGUAUCGGCACCAGGUACGAUUAUAAAAAGAGUAUGGUGGAACAAGCGGGCAUAGUGUACGUGCGAGGGUGUGAAGUGGAGGGAAUGCUGGAUGCGUCAGGCAGGGUCAUUGAGGAGGGGCCUGAGCCUAGACCAGAGCUAGAUGGAGAUUCUAGAACGUUCCGUCUACUUCUCGACCCUAAUCAGUACAGAUUGGAUUUGGAUCGCGCCAGCAAGGGUCACCAGGACGUGUACGAGACGUUCAACAUAGUGAUGCGCCGCAAGCCCAAGGAGAACAACUUUAAGGCGGUGCUGGAGACGAUCCGCGAGCUGAUGAACACCGAGUGCGUGGUACCGGAGUGGCUGCACGACAUCGUGCUGGGCUACGGGGACCCGGGCCAGGCGCACUAUACCAGGAUGCCAAAUGAAAUACCAACACUGGACUUCAACGACACGUUCCUGGAUAUGGAGCAUCUGAGAAACAGUUUCCCGGGACACGAGAUCAAAGUAAAGACUGACAACCCGCAGAAACUCGUCCGACCCUUCAAAGUGACAUUCGAGAAUGUUCUACGCAAGCAGGAGUUGGGCGACAAUGCGAUGGACGAAGACGAGCCGCGGAAGGCGAUCGUUGUGGAGCCUCACGUGCAGCCAAAACGAGGGCCGUAUCUUUACAACGAACCAAAGAAGAACAACAUUCUGUUUACUCCUACGCAAGUGGAGGCAAUUCGUUCGGGAAUGCAACCGGGGCUUACAUUAGUGGUGGGACCACCUGGAACGGGUAAAACGGACGUAGCGGUACAGAUAAUAUCGAACCUGUACCACAACUUCCCGUGGCAGCGCACGUUAGUAGUGACGCACAGUAACCAAGCGCUCAACCAGCUGUUCGAGAAGGUGGCCGAGCUGGACGUGGACGAGCGGCACCUGCUGCGUCUCGGCCACGGGGAGGAAGAACUGCAAACUGACAAGGACUUCUCGAGAUACGGGCGUGUUAACUACGUGUUAUCGAAGCGUCUAGAACUCCUAGGGCAAGUGGCUCGGCUCCAGAACACUCUGGAAGCGGGUGGCGAGGCGGGCGCCACGUGCGAGCUGGCGCACCACUUCCACGUGUACCAUGUGAGGCCUCGGUGGCAGGCGUUCUUGAGGGCUUGUCGUUCGCAGCCAAAGUCCAUCGAAACUAUAAGUAAAGAAUUCCCAUUCCAUGAAUUCUUCAACGAUGCCCCCAAGCCUCUAUUCCCAGGGAAAUCCUAUGAAGAGGAUAUGGAAAUCGCUGAGAGUUGUUAUAGGUACAUAGACCACAUAUUCGAAGAGCUGGAAGAGUUCCGAGCCUUCGAGCUGCUGCGCUCCGGUCUAGAUAGGUCCAAGUACUUGCUGGUGAAGGAGGCUAAGAUCAUCGCCAUGACCUGUACUCACGCCGCAUUGAAGAGAUCAGAACUUGUGCAAAUGGGCUUCAAAUACGACAAUAUCCUUAUGGAGGAGUCAGCUCAGAUCCUGGAGAUCGAGACGUUCAUACCGCUGCUACUGCAGAACCCCCAGGACGGAAGAUCGCGUCUAAAGCGCUGGAUCAUGAUCGGUGACCACCACCAGCUACCGCCAGUGGUUAAGAACAUGGCCUUCCAGAAGUAUUCCAACAUGGAACAGAGCCUCUUCACCAGAAUGGUUAGACUCGGAGUACCAUAUGUGGAGUUGGACGCGCAGGGACGUGCGAGGCCUUCUAUUUGCAACUUGUACCGUUGGCGGUACCGCGCACUCGGCGACCUGUCGCACGUGUGCAACCUGCCCGAGUACCGCGCGGCGAACGCGGGCCUGCGGUACGACUUCCAGCUCGUCAACGUGGAGGACUUCAACGGCGUGGGGGAGACCGAGCCCAGCCCGUAUUUCUAUCAGAAUUUAGCAGAGGCUGAAUAUGUAGUUGCUGUGUUUAUGUACAUGAGGCUUAUUGGAUGGCCAGCAGAGAAAAUCUCUAUUCUUACAACCUACAAUGGGCAAAAGCAUCUUAUAAGAGACGUAAUUGAUAAACGGUGCGCGGACAAUCCGCUAAUUGGAAGACCCCAUAAGGUGACAACAGUGGACAAGUACCAGGGACAACAGAACGACAUCGCUUUGAUAUCCUUAGUGCGCACCAGAGCGGUGGGACACGUGCGCGACUUGAGACGUCUGAUCGUCGCGGCGUCUCGCGCGCGACUUGGACUGUAUAUAUUCGCGAGGGCCAAUCUCUUCAGGAACUGCUUUGAAUUGCAACCUACCUUCAAUCAGCUGGUGGAGCGUCCGCUGGAGCUGGAGCUGGUGCCGGGCGAGCGCUACCCGGCGCAGCGGCGCGGCGGCGCGGCCGUGCCCGACGCGCUGGCGCUGCGCGUGCGCGACAUGCCGCACCUGGCGCGCUACGUGUACGACCUGUACCUCGCCGUCGUGCGCGACGCCGCGCCGAGCGAGGCGCAGUGGAGCGCGCCGGGCAGCGCGCGCGCGGCGGCGGCGCGCGAGCCCGCGCGGCACGUGCCCGCGCACCCGGGCGGGGACUCCGACGACGAGGGCUUCACCCCCACCGAAAUCGUUAAUGAACUUGAUGAAGCCUAGAUAUACUCGACCUCGUCCGAGCCGAGCGCGUAGAUACGUCAAUAAUAAAAU